GCGGCCAGAUCAGUGGCCAGAGUGCAAGGACGGGGGGGACACUGAUUCACAGCCCACGAAGUGCUGCUGCGUAGGGCAGAGGACGAACCGAUUGCGUUGGUGCCGCAGCUCCCCGCGCUUUUCCCUCCCGCUGCUCCUCUCAACUUCCAAGCUAUUCCCCCUGUCCCGUACUAAAUGCCUCCUUUCUUCUCCUACACCACCCUCCCCUACCACCUCACGGAGGGCCCUUACCCCAUGCGUGAGUUCUCGAAGUAUUUGGUGGAGCUAACUGACGUGGAGCCGCUGCCCUUCGCCAACGAAGACGCGUGGGAGUUGCACCGUGCGCUGUACAAGUCGGUGGCGUUGGGGAUGUUCCGGUUCUUCGUGGAUCACGAAGACCACGCUAUCGGGGAGCACUUCGUCGUUUACUACGUCAUCGCGCAGCCCAAGCCAGCGGAGAAGGAAGGGACGGUGGCGCUGUACCCCUUCGCCCCGCUCCAGACAAUCGAUCCGGGAUUGUUGGAGCUCAUACAUCUUGAGCUCCUCUCCAUCGCGCAAGUGAUCGCAAGCGAGGAGGAGGAGAUCCAACCACGAUUACGGACGGCGACGGCCCCGCGGAGAACGUACAACGAGGUCGUCAUCCCGGAUUACAUUGCGCAACGCGCGGAGAGAUUAGAGGACUUCCCGGAGGAAAGGCCGUUGCGUCCUCCCUCGUCGUAUCCUCGACCAGCGCCACCGAAGGCCCCCAAGAAGACGCCAAAGAGGAAGAGACGCCACCCGUCGCCAGGAGCGCAAGGCAGCAGGAUCGGUGGCGGCGAGGAGGUGAUUCAGCCCGCGCGUACGCGGAUUCCUGACCCUAUGCCUGGGAGUGCGGCGACGCUCGUUAAGGAGACUAUCGUGCCAUCGCCGCCCAUUCCGCGUGUGCCCGAUCUCAAUCUUGAUGGAGCCGGUCCAUCAUCAUCAGCAGCAGCCGGAGGAGGAAGCCGAAUGGGAUUUCCGGAUCCCAUAUCCGGACCCCUCGUCCUCACGGGACCUCUCCUUCAUCCGAGCCGGACGGUCCAUCCGACCGAGGUGGACUUCAUGGUGGAGCUCGCCACCAUCAGGCUCGAGGCCAUCACGGGGGCGCCGCGCCUUGAUCCGGCGUGGGAGCCAUAUCUGACACCCCCUUUUCAAGGGUGUAUUGCGGCGCGAUUGGCUGGGACGCUCAUCUACGAGAACGGGCAGCGUCCAAACGCGUUGUACCACUUCCUGGUCUUCGCGGCGCAGAAGCGGGAGCGGCGGCCUUACACCGAGACUGAUGUGGUGAUGACGGGUCCAAGGCCCCGAUCGGUGCGCAAGCGGGUGGUGCGAGCGGUAGCGGAUCUGGCGCCCCGUGUCCUCUCACAUGUGCCGGGGGCUUUCCUUUACCCCUCAUUCGUCCAGCAUCACUUCCAUGAGGGAGAUGCGCCGACGACUCCUGCGGCAAUGGCCUCUUUUCCUCCACCUAUUCCGCCCCCUCUCAAUCCUGACAUAGAUCACUUCCUCUGAUCACCCUCGUCUACCUCUCCCCUGUCCUCUCCCUCUCCUUCUCUUCUUUUUCUUCUUCCUUUUCGGAUCUAAAGCUUGCGCGA